GCCUCUUCUCACGAGUUAUUGUAACUUCUGCCGUCUCUACACAGACUGUCCACCCCUUCUCGUCAAAUUCCACAUUUUCUUCUUCACCAAAAACUUUUCUAGCUUCAAUAAUAGGGUCAUCACUUUCUUCCCGUCUUCUCUGUUCACUUGGUGGACCGCCAUCCGACGAAGAAGAUUCGACAAGAAUGUCUGCAGUCUCCAACGGAAAUCCUUCGAUUGUGUCGCCACGUGGCGAGCAUAAAGGAACAUUAAUCUUCCUUCAUGGACUCGGUGAUCAAGGGCAUGGUUGGGCAGAUGCUUUCAAGACAGAAGCCAAACACGAUAAUAUCAAGUUUAUCUGUCCACACAGCUCUGAACGUCCAGUAACCCUCAAUAUGGGAAUGCGAAUGCCAGCUUGGUUCGACUUAUUUGGCCUCGAUCCAAAUGCUCAGGAAGAUGAGCAAGGAAUUAAUCGAGCUACCCAAUAUGUUCAUCAAUUGAUUGAUGCGGAAGUUGCAGCUGGAAUUCCAGCUUCUCGAAUUGCUGUCGGUGGAUUUUCAAUGGGUGGAGCUCUCGCUAUUUACGCUGGUCUCACAUAUCCACAGAAACUUGGAGGAAUUGUUGGACUCAGUUCAUUCUUUUUGCAGAGAACCAAAUUCCCAGGGAGCUUCACUGCGAACAAUGCUACACCAAUCUUCCUCGGACAUGGAACAGACGACUUUUUGGUUCCUCUUCAAUUCGGACAAAUGUCCGAGCAGUAUAUUAAAAAAUUCAAUCCGAAAGUUGAGCUUCACACCUACAGGGGAAUGCAGCAUUCGAGCUGUGGAGAGGAGAUGCGUGAUGUGAAGACCUUCUUGAGCGCCCACAUUGCCCACUAAAUAUUCAAUUCAUUCCAAAAACGAUUUUUUUAAAGUUUUUUUCACCAGACACACUUUAUUUCUCUCAAUUUUCAACAGACACGAUAGUUCUGUCCAACCUCCAUUCGAUUUGUGUAGUCCUUUUCCGGCAUUCGUACUUCAAGCUCAUACAACGUGUCGUCUGUUUCAUUUCGAUGAGCCAUCAUAAACGCACGUCUGUAAAUGUGUUCAUUAUUUCAUGUCAUAAAUUAUUUGCAAUAUAUA